ACGGGGAUAUUCAACACGGACAUGUUGAAUGGGAUGUUCACUCAGUAUGCUAAUUAGCCGAUUUAAAUAUGCGCUGUCUUCUGCCGCGGCCGAGUCCUCUCUCCUUUUAUUCCUGAGCCCGCCCGGGAUUCAGGUGGGAGGCUACAGAAGCAGGUAAUAUGAUCUCAAACCGCCGUCUCCCCCUCCGAGUGCUCCCGAAGAGAAGCGAUCGGCACCUCUGAGAAAAGCCAGGCUGGAGUGGCGCGGACGGAGAGCUUUGGGAGCAUUUGGGAUUUGAACUCAACAGGUACCGGGUUAUGUUCUUUUUUUACAUUUUGCUCCUUCAGCUGGUGCUAACGUUGCUUGCAUUUCCUCACUGCUCAAGACAACUGAAGGACUCGGAUGCAGUGAAAGAAGUGUUCAUCUCAACAGAGGAAGCCAAUUUAUUCAUUGGACGACACCUUCUAUACAACAGAUUUGACUUUGAACUAGUAACCCCAGGGAAUCUUGAAAGGGAAUGCAAUGAAGAAUACUGCAAUUUCGAGGAAGCAAGAGAAAUUUUUGGAGACCAAGAAAAAACAAUAUUAUUUUGGGAGAAAUAUACCAUGGAGGGUCGUGGCAGAUAUCAAGAAGAGCAAGCAAUGCGGAAGAUUGAUGUUAUGGGACUUUUGACUGGCUUGGUCGCAAUUGGAGUACUGUUGAUCAUAACUGGGUUACUUAUUUAUUUUCUCUGCCAAAAGAAGUGCAAACAAAGACAUCUACCACGGGAUAGAAGCUACAGGAGGCGUAACUCUUCCAUCAUCUUUCAAAGACAUGAAGAGAUUUCCUUAAACCCUCUCUCUCCAUGCACAGAACACAGUGGAUUGCCAACUUAUGAACAAGCAGUGGCAAUAGGCGGCAAUUGUGAAGUUCCACCGCCGCCAUAUCCAGGCCCUUCAAGAGGGCUUAGGGCAUUCAAGAAGUCUCUCUCUCUUCCUGUUUAAUUAAGAAACGGGGCUUGUAGAAUGCUUGAGAAUUAAGUUGGAGAGAAGAAGCUGUAUAGCUGAAAUGCUGCAGCAUUGUGCUUACUUCAGGAGUCUUUCACAGGGUGAAAGGGAUACAGCUCUUCAGUGUGCCUGAGAGGAAGUGAAGUGUGUCAGGUGAACCAGGAAUGCACCCUUAAGCAAUGUGCUGAUGGCUAAGGAUGAACGACUCCUUUUGUUAUGCUUCAUUUUAGGUGCUAAGAACUGUAGUGAACUCCUCUGAUGCAUUCUGAGCCAAUUGGUGCAAUCAGUGCAUUGAUUUGCCAGCCUUUCUGUCUCUCACCAACUUAGAACUUUCAUUAUCAAUUUUUUUUAAAGCUGCAUUUUUUAAAUUAAAAAAACACCAAUUCAGAUUGGUAAUAAAGUGGGAAUGAUAAUAUGAAUAAACACAGGAUCCUUGCUUUGAACUACUUUUAACCACAAUAAAAGGAAGAGCUAGUAACAUAAUAUAAAUGGAAUGUUUCUCUAACUCUGAACAACUUAAACUGUGUUUUUUAAACGAGCAAUAACAGAUCUUUAAUUGAA